AUGUCUGCUACCGACCAAGUCAAGCUCAGCAAUUUCAGCGAUAUCUUCUCCCUGGAGGGAAAGGUCGCCGUUGUGACCGGCGGGUCACGCGGUCUAGGGUUGCACGCAGCCUCCGGUCUCCUCCAAGCUGGAUGUUCCAAGGUGUACAUCACCUCUCGUAAGAAGGCAGCCUGUGAUGAAGCAGUGGCUGCUCUCAAUGCGAUCCCCAACAAACGGCCUGGCGCACAGGCCAUUUCCGUGCCAGCCGACAGCUCGGACAUGAAAGAGCUCGACCGGCUUGUGGCUGAGGUCUCUAAGACCACUGAUCGCGUUGAUAUUCUCUUCGCGAAUGCUGGUGCCACAUGGGGUGAGAAGUUCGACACGCACCCCGAGAAGAUGUUCUCCAAGGUCAUGGAUCUGAAUGUUAAAAGUGUCUUUUACACGAUCCAAAAGUUUACACCUCUACUUACGGCCAAGGCCACUCAUACCGACCCAUCUCGUGUGAUUAUUACCGCGUCUGUUGCCGGUAUUGGAAUUGGUACCGUGGGCGACAAUGCGACGCCCUCUUACUCUGCUUCCAAGGCUGCGGCUAUUCAUAUCGCCAAGAACUUGGCUGUUGAACUUGGACCGCGCCAUGUAUUGACAAAUGCCAUUGCACCAGGGUUCUAUCCCUCCAAGAUGGCCAGCGGGCUCAUCGAGUCAAAGGGCGGAAUGAAGGAGAUGGAGGAAUACUCGCCCAAUGGCAGGCUAGGAAAGCCCGAGGAUAUUGCAGGACUAGUUGUCUUCCUUGGAUCACGAGCUUCAAGCCAUUUGAACGGUGCUGUUAUUACAUCGGACGGUGGAGCCGUCUUGAAGGGAAGAUUGUAA